UUAUCCUAAAAUGUAUUGAUUUGNGAUUUGGUGGACAGGAAUCGGUGUUUCGGUGACAAUGAUGUCCAGCUCUGGCGAAACCACUCCCGAGUUUGUGGACAGCGAAGACAGAGAGGACAGGGAGGAGGAGACGGCGUCUGAAGAGCACAGCUUCGAGAAUCCCAAUUACCGCAAACUAUACGCCGCUCUGUCUAUCACUUCAAUGAUGGGACACAACAACCAAUCGGUCGCCGAUCACGCCGUCGACCAUCACCUCAACGGUUCCGUUGGCGGCGCCGAUGAGCUGCCGCUCGGUUGGGAACGCCAUGAGGACGAAGACGGGCCCUACUUCUGGCACAUCCCCAGCGGUCACAUCCAAAGACAGGCACCGAUUGGUGAGACGCCGGACGUGACGCGAAGGGAUUCACUCAUAUAUAUGAAUAGUUUUGAUGAUAAUAUGGAUCCAAAUAAAUGCCACACAAAUGGCGACAAUAAACAAACCGAAGACAAUGUGUUGACAUUUGUGGUGAACUCUUUGGGUUGGAUGGAUGUGGAGGAAAGCCAAUUGACUUCUGCCACCAGUUCUAAACUCAUCCAAAAGUGUAUCAUUGAGUUGAGCACAAGAGGUGACAAUAACGCUGUCCGCUGUUGGGGACGACAAACACAGCAAUUGGUCCUUAAGAUUGAGGGCUCGUGUCUCAAGUUGUAUGACAUGACUGGCGAUACUCUACUUAAUAGUCACCCAAUCCGUGGUCUAAGAGUGUGGGGCGUAAACGACAACAACGACUUCGCGUUCGUCGCCAAAGACAGCAAUGAAUCCAAUUGUCAAACCAGUGGUGACUCCGAAGCCGAUCAAAAGAGUCCUCUUUUGGGACCGUCUGGUGUCGUCUCCAAUGAACUUAAAUGUCAUGUCUUUCACUGCGAGGACGACAGCGAUAGCGCCCAACGAAUCGCUACAUAUCUUAGGGACGAAAUGAUACGUUUGAAGUCCGAUAUGGAGGGCACGCGUUGGGGAUCUCCUCCACAGCGACCGAAGAAUCUCUUCAUUUACGAGAGCGGCAAAAGUCCCGCGAGUAUAGCGACGCCCACAGCCAUUGAAUUCCCCACUCCUAUAGAGGAGCCCCGGAAGGCAAUGGCGGCCAAGUAUUUGGGCAAAAUGAAAGUCACCAAACCUAUGGGUAUCGAUGUCUUGAAUAAAGCCAUCGAAACCAUACUCUUCAAUGAGAACAAUGACUCUUCGGUGGGAGUCUUUAAUACCGAUGUUUUGGUUCACAUUUCGCCCUCAACUAUAACCGUUGAGUGCAAAGAGACGGCUCAAUGUCUCGCUGAAUGCCGUGUGAGGUAUUUGUCGUUCUUAGGCAUCGGGAGUACUAACGUGAAGACGUGUGGCUUUAUUAUGCAAAUCGAUGACAACCAGUUUGAGGCGCUUUGCUUUGAAUGCGAGCCGAGUUCGGGUGCCUUUUGCAAGACGAUUGAGGCCGCGUGCAAACUCAGGUACCAGAAGUGUUUGGACGCACACCGACAGCGAUUGGCCCCCAAUAAUGCCAUUCCAUCUCAAAACUCAUCUCGUAUUAAGUCUACGAUAUUUAAUGUGUUUUCGAAAAUUUCCAAUAAUAUCAAGAAAAACUAAAAUUUUGACAUUUAUCUCAUUUUUCCCAUGAAUUAUAUCUUAUUUCUAAUGUGAAGAUAACU